CCGCAGUUGGCUGUGGUAACAUUUCAGUCAGAGGGAACGCUCACAAGGAGGCAGUUUCUCUGCAAGAGGAUACAUGAUGGCUGUAACUGGGGAUGAGACAGAAGCAGGCACCUCAGGUGACUUGACAGCAUGCCAGCUGCAGAACACCAGCUCCAGCCUCCCACAGGGGGGAGCCGAGACCAGCACUCAAGGUUUCAUGAAGUCGACGGACCCCUUACAAAAGAGAGAGCACCGCUUGAUGAAGAACAGGGAAGCCGCCCGGGAGUGUCGGCGCAAGAAGAAGGAAUAUGUCAAAUGCCUUGAAAAUCGCGUGGCUGUGCUCGAAAAUCAAAACAAGACUCUGAUCGAGGAGCUAAGAUCCUUGAAAGAUAUUUACCGACACAAAGUCGAGUGAUUCUUCUGAUCGUGUUUGUCUGCUACUUUGUGGUGUCUUCAGGACUGUGGUUUUUUCUUAUACAGACACACAUGCACACUCAAACAAAAUGCUCCUUGUCUUUGCUGUACAAUGUGUUUACACGAUGAUGUCAAUGUUUUCUGGCUCUGAAUAAUUCAAUGUGCCACCACCAGCAAAAAUAAGAACCUUCAGGGUUUUUUUUCACAAGUGAGUAUUAUGAGGAGCUUAUGUCCAUUUGAACAGGGAUGCUGCCAAAAGAUACAGGGGAAGAAAGAAGGACUAUAUGGACAUACUGCUGAAACGCAUUGACUUUCUAGAGGAGAAGACUAAGGAGCAGAGGGCAGAGCUGCAGUGCCUGAAGAACAGCACUGCAUUUGACAUUCCUCAAUGAUGACGUUUUUUACCCAUUUGCUCUAUUAAAAUACUAUAUUAAUCGCUAGUCUUUGUGAUGGUCUGUUGUGCGUUGCUGUGGCAGUUUGUUCAGGAAAUGCUGCCAAAAAUACUCAAAGGAAAUCGGGUCAUCAGGGCUUCACGUCGCAAUUUGUGUCUUAUUAGAAAUCCAGGAUUUGACAUCUACUGUACCGCAUAUUCUUUUUUAGAAACCUACACCAGGAUCUGUUGUGCAUCUUUAUGUUUCUGCUUCUUACAUGUUGCGUUAUUAUUUAUUUGUGCACAUUUACCCCUUUAGUUGUUAUAGUUUCAAAUACUGGUGCAUCGUUGUACCAAAAAAAUGAAAUCUUUAAAUGAAAGUUUGGUUUAGAAAUACAUCAAGGUGGAGCUGUGUGAAUUAUCUGUUUUAACUUAAAUGUUUUUUGCUUAAUCUAAGUAUACAUGGCUGAUUUGAAGGUUAUUUGUCACCAUCGUUUAAAUGUUUUGAUCACAAACGUCUUACAGACAUGUUUAUUGUAUUUGCUUUAAUAAAGUUCUUGCUCUGUU